GUUAAUUCCUCGGCUAGGAAAUUGGGCUGCUGACUCGAGAGUCUGAGCCACAGAAUAUAAAUAUCCAGCAAAGCGUCUAUAGUUAAUUCCUUCCUAUUCUGGUUGGUUGGACAUCCUUCCCCUUCAUCAUGUCCGAUCUUGAAAAGCAGGAGUCCAACCUUGAAAAGAAGGAGUCCAAUCUUGAAAGAGAGGUUCGUACCAAUAGCGACACCGAUGUCGAAGAUAUUGCCGAAACCAAGAAUACCAAAUUGAACAUCUUGGACCAGCUUGGGUACAUGUUGAAGGCGGAAACCAGAGGUGUCGAAAGAGUUCCUGAUAGCGAAAGAACCUCCGCGUCCAUCUAUGAAGUGGCCUCCAUGUGGUUCUCUGCCAACUUGGUCAUUGCCACCUUUGCUCUUGGGGCCUUAGCCGGCGGUGUCUUUAAGUUGAACUUCUGGACUGCGGUGUUGGCAAACAUCUUCUUCACCAUCCUCGGUGCCUUGCCCGUGGCCCUUUUCUCCGUCUUCGGACCCAAGUUCGGAUUGAGACAGAUGAUUUUGUCCAGAUACUUGGCGGGCAAUUAUGGCUCCAGAAUCUUUGCCUUCCUCAAUUGUAUCUCAGGGAUUGGAUGGGGCGCCGUCAACACCAUGGUGUCUGCCCAGUUAUUACACAUUGUCAAUAACGGCGCCUUGCCUCCGUGGGCCGGCUGUUUGAUCAUCAUCUUGUUGACCAUCACUGUCACCUUCUUCGGUUACAAGGUCAUUCACAUCUACGAGAAGUAUUCCUGGAUUCCCAACGCCUUUUGUUUCGUGGUCAUCAUUGCCAGAAUGAAAAUGUCUGGUGAAUUCCGCUACGGUGAGUGGGCCUCCGGUCCUACUGUUGCCGGUGCGGUGCUCUCCUAUGGCGGUGCAAUUUUUGGUUCCACCACUGGCUGGUCAGCCUUUGCUGCCGAUUACACCGUAUACAUGCCUAAGACCACCAACUCAUACAAAGUGUUCUUCGCCGUCUUUGUUGGCUUAGUGACCCCAAUCGUCUUCUGUUUGACCUUGGGUAAUGCCUGCUCCAUGGGUUUGCACAACGAGAGGUGGGCCCAGUUGUACCUGGAAAACUCUGUUGGUGGCUUGGUCUAUGCCGUUUUGGUCGAAGACUCGCUCCACGGUUUCGGCCAGUUCUGCUGUGUGUUGCUUGCCUUGUCCACUGUCGCGAAUAACAUCCCAAACAUGUACUCCAUGUCCUUGUCCGCCCAGGCCGUCUGGAGUAAGUUCCACAAAUUGCCAAGAAUUUUCUGGUCCAUUUUCGGUAACGCUGCCACCUUGGCUAUCUGUAUCCCAGCCUACUACAGUUUUGCUACCGUCAUGUCCAACUUCAUGAACUUGGUCGCCUACUACUUGGCUAUCUACGAGUCUGUCACCUUAUCCGAACACUUCAUCUAUAGGAGAACCUUUUCCGCGUACAAUAUCGAAGACCACGACGACUUCUCUAAAUUGCCAGUGGGUAUUGCUGGUGUUUUUGGUUUCUGUUGCGGUGUCACUGGCGCUGUGUUGGGUAUGAACCAGGCCUAUUACCAGGGUGUCGUUGCCAAGAUGAUUGGUGAGAACGGCGGUGACAUCGGCUUUGAAUUGGCUGCUGGGUUCGGCUGUAUUGGUUACAACCUUGUUCGUCCGUUAGAAAAGAAGUACUUUGGUCGUUAAAUCGCAUCAGAGUUUACAUUGUUUUCAUACGACUUGGGUACGUAACGCUUUCUGUACUAUAUUUAAUGGCAUUAUUACGAACAGAUAGAUCUAUGCGUCCUGGGCCAAAAAAAUCUCGGUUUUGCCCAUGUAAUCGCUUAUUCAUGUAUGUCGUUAGAUCC